UAAUACGAGUCCUUGUUCAAACUGCGAGAGGGUUGUACAGUGCGCAUGACAGUAAGUAACUUGUUGGCUCGGAAAGCGUUUCAAAGCGGCAGUGCGGCGUCCGACGUCCUCAGCGUAUCCCGCUGGGGUUUACCGCUCCCAGACUAAGUUUCCGUUACGAAAAAUCCGCGAAGAGGGUUCGAAUUUUGAAUUCGAAAUGGAUUAGGCGUGUUUUGUUUUUCAUUGACUUUUCUGUCAUGUUGGAAGCGGGGUUUUACGAAAUAUGGAUACAACGUGACUUUAAAGAAAUUAAGAUUGAUUUUGAUGGAAUUAUUGAACUGUAAGUGUUUGUGAUGGCGUUGAAGAGACUUGUUAUCGCCUGGGCGGUCUGGCUGGCGUUGCCAUUGGCAACGGGCCAUCUUAACGUGCUCAUCAGCCAGGCUGAAGUGAUGAAAUUGCUCGGUCUCGACGCAGAACUAUACUACGUUCGAGAAGGCGUGGUAAACACCUACGCGACAGGUUUCAUCGUACCCGUGCCAGCGCACAUAGCAGAUCUGGAGUUUAUGUGGCAGUCCUUGGGCAGGAAACCACUACCGUACGUCAUGGACAUAGAUUACGAGAGCCGAGGUGCGAUGCUGCCACCGCAAGUCAACAUCUCGGAGAGGGGGAUGGUGCCCACCAAGUUGCAAGCUUUCAGGGUGCGCUUGCCUUGCACCGGCAGCAGAAGCGCCGAGAUCCUGGUGACCAUGCAACUGAACAUUUCGGCCCCUGAUCGCGCCCAUAAAGAUGUACGGCUCCUGUUUAAGAGGAACAAGAUCUGCUUGAAAGGCCUAUCAACAGUAGUCACCCACAACGAAACCGCCAUGCUGGCCGGCGACGCCACCCGCGGCUCCAGCGGCGUAGCCUUCGCUGCUGGCGGCUGCGCGGCUGCAGCGCUGGCGCUGCUGGCAGCUGCGGCCGCGGCGGGCACGCUUUACCGGCGGGGCGGGAAGGCGCGCCAUCAUGAUUCUAUACAUACAUCAUACACCACAGCAGCCUACGGCAGUCAUCAGAACGUCCUUCUGCGAUUGGACACCCUCGGCAGACCACCGAGCUCCACUGGAUCUUAUGCCACAAUAGCCAGCUUACAUAAAUUUCCGUUUGGCAGCAGAAGAUCCCCUUCACCGUACGCGACGACCCACAUCGGUGAGCACGUGUACGCGAAGCCGGAUUCCCGGGUGUCCUACUACGCAGCUUCUAAUCUCACGCACGUCUCGCAGACCACAAUAACAAAGGACCGCAUCACAGACCCCGCUGAGCAGCUCCGAAUUCUGACAACACCUCGUUCGAAUAUUCGUCUUGAGAUCCUGGUUCAUGAGGGGACGUUUGGACGAGUCUAUAAGGGGGUGUACAAACGAGGGGAUACGUAUGAAGAAGUCUUAGUUAAAACGGUGUCAGAAGCAGCAUCAGCCAUGCAAGCAGCCCUGCUCGUCGCCGAAGGCUUAAGGCUGUGUGGCCUCGUCCACAAUAACGUACUAGCACCAAUGGCAGCCUGUGCUGAAGAAGCGCGAAAACCGCUUCUAGUAUAUUACUGCGCUUCUCACUCUUCCAAUCUUAAAAGGUUCCUAACAUCAUGUCGCCUAGGCCACCAGGCAGCACCAGCGACGCGGGAGUUAGUAGAGCUUGGUGCGCAAGUGGCUUGCGGCAUGUCUUAUUUACACGUCCAACGUUUCGUACACGCCGACGUCGCUGCGAGGAACUGCGUAGUGGAUGAGAAAUUGAGACUGAAGGUGACCGACAAUGGCCUAUCCAGGGAUCUGUUCCCUGAUGACUACCACUGUCUUGGCGAUAACGAGAACAGACCAGUGAAAUGGAUGGCGCCAGAAUCUCUUCUGCAGAACCAGUACACAACAGCUUCUGAUGUGUGGGCGUUAGGGGUAACGCUAUGGGAGCUGGCAACUCUUGGUGCUUCUCCAUUAGCUGAAUUGGAUGCUGCUGAUGUUGGAGCAUUCCUCAGCGGAGGUUAUCGGCCAUCUCAGCCACAUAACUGUCCGGAUGAACUGUAUGGCCUAAUGUCCUGGUGUUGGACCACUUCUGCAUCAGCGCGACCGACAGCACCUCAGCUUUUGGCGGCCCUUCAUGACUUCAGACAAGCACUUAGCACGUAUAUCUAACUUUUGUUGAUUGACCAUGUCACUGCUUUAUUCUGUUUCAAGUAAGUAGCUUUGAAAUAUGUAUAAUGAAGAGUAUGCUUUUAAACUUUUUAUUAAUUUAUGAGCCGUUUAACUUUUGGAAUUUUAUAGUCAAUUCAAAUAAUCACUCGGCACUAUUUUUCGUAUACUUACUAAACCCAAAGUGCCUGCCAAAGAAUCUUAAAAUCAGCUAAGUAGAUGGAACAUAAAAUCAUUAGGUAAAAUCAAAGAUGGAAUAUCGGAUGGCGUAGCGCUUGAGCCAGAGAAUUGGUGUAGAAUAAAGUAAGGAAAUGCAAAACGGUGAUAUAUUUUUAAUUAAGUCAUAAGAACCCAUUAUGAGUACGAGUAUACCCAAAAUACUUAAUUAUCUUUCUUGAAAUGAAGCUAGUUAGACCGUAGGUAUCAUAGUAAGUGACAUUACAGCAGGAUAUAUAACCAAAGCAAUUAAAUGCCCCCAAAGACGGUUACCAAAGAUUAGGUAUAAUUUUAAGAUAAAUAAAGUUAAAUUAUCUAAACUAGGUUGGACGAAUGCAUGUAGUAAUUUGGUCUUGCAACAUUUUUAUGUAACUUUUAUCAAUUUUAUGUUUCGAAUAUCUACUACUAUCAGUUUUAAGAAUACGAGUGUGAUUGUUAAUAUUAAUAAUAGUUGAUUUAUUUUAAAAGCAUAUUGUAAUAUUUAGUUUGCCAUUGUUAAUUUGUUAUAUGUACUUAAUACAAUUUGUACACUUGUUUAAUAAUUGCACGUUAUACAUUUUCGAAAAAUUUAGACCAAUAUCGCCCAACCUCUUGUGUAUGUACAUACGAAAUCGAUGCAAAAGGAAUUUAAUUUUGAUAAAUGGAGCCGAUGGCUUUGAUUAAUUUAAUUGCGAUAUUAAUCGUUGUAGACAUAAUUAUUAGGAUAGAGUUCCUGAGGACAUAAAAGUCCGUCCAGGCACAAAAAGGAAACAACACCAAAGCAGUAGUUAGUCAUGAUAUAGUUGACGGAAUGGUUUCGAUGAAUCUAAAAUGUAAUGAAAAAUUGAAACGAAUUAAUUAGUAGCAUCGACAAAGCAAUAAUAAUAAGAUCUCAUAAUUGUUGUAGUAUCAGUACCCAUUGCUGCAAAGAUUCUUCAAAACCAUUGAUCGUGCAACUUUCAUGAUAAGAAGAUGUCUAUUAAACCACAAUUACUCAUAGAAAAUAUAUAAAUAAACUAUUCAAUAUACCUAACUAGUACUUAAAACGGAAACAUAACAAUAUUCAAAUAUACAAAUUGUGUAAAUAUAUGAAUUUAAAAAUCAAUGUCAGAUUUUUUCAACCCAUCAUCAUAGUAACAAGUACUUAAAUUGAGGUUAGAAUACAAAUCUAUUAACAAACUUCAAAUCGGUGUCGUCAUUUAAUGGUAAAAUAUACGUGUAUUAUAAAGUGAGAUUUAACUGUAGAUAGAAAAACCAAUUUAUUAAAUUAUUUUAAACUUUAUAACUUUUGCUAUUGUUUGUUGUUUGCACAUUUCAUUAUGUUUUCUUUAUUUAUUUUUUAUUCGACUCAUAAUUGCGUGCGUUAUCAGUAUUUAAGCUACCUCAACCAUAAUCUGCUUGCUGUUUAUUCUUAAGACCCUAAAUGCUAGUUAAAUUAUUAUUCCCGCUAGUUGGUAUAUUACAUGAACAAACAUCAUAUUUGUUUGUAAAGUCUUUAAAUCAUUAAACUGGCGCAAAGGCGUCAUUCAAAUUUCAAUCAAAAACCUAAUUUCGAUCAUCUUUUUCAUACUUCAGUUAUUUUACUUUGAGAAAUUAUUCAUCUACGUUAAUUCCAAUAUUUGUCAUUGUCAUAAUAUAUAUGUAUAUGCUAUUAAUACUUGUAUCUAAACAUGUUAUGGAUCAAACAGGGUCUUUAACUCUUAGGCAUUACCUAUACGUGUUUCUUAAUUUUAAUGUGUUGCGCUUUCUACUAAUACUUCGUAGCUUGAUGUUAACUUUUCUAUUGUAAAAUCGGUGUUCUUGUAAGAUUCUAGAAAUAAGCGCACCCUAAAUAAAAUAUUAGAAUAUAAUUAAAUCUUGUAAUUGCGCGAUCGGUAUUGAACAACAUGCAAAUAUGUAAGUUGGAAUACCUAAGUAUAUUAUAAUGAUUUGUACUAAAAGGCGGAGCCAGUAAAGGAUAAAUGUAAUUAAAAAAAUCUACUUUAAAUUCACCACUGAUUUUUCGAGUCACGGAUCUUUUAUAAACUAAAACCUUCAUGACUACUCUUAGAAUAUUUGAAAUAGCCUCAAUAGUUCGACAUCAGUACUUAUAAAUUGUAUAGAUAUAAAAACGCGUCAUUUUGUAUAUUUAAUGACUGAGUGCCAGAUGAAUGUGAUUGUAUGUUACAUGUUGAACUGUGUUUAAAUUAUAAUAUAAGUAACUGUUUCUAGUGGUAAAUGGAUGUAUUGUAAUCAAUAUGGCUUCAAUGGCGAAUGAAACGAAAUAAAGGUUAUUUUAUAUUAUA